GAUAGACGAGAGGAAAGGACUCGUAGCUAGGUCAAGGUAUUGCAAAAGAGCAGAUGCUCUAAAUAGACGCGCACAGAGCCCACGGGAGCGUGGAUCCGCAUACCUGUGCACUUUUUUCCGGCAUGCUAUCAUGCUGUAAGCAUCAACAAUACCGGCAGGAGUGGAAAAAAGCUGCUGAUAACACAGCGAUACAGUGUGGAUGACAGCCGAGCGGCGGUGCGGUUAGACCAGUUCUGUCACUUCCUCUUCGACGAGUGAGUGUUUUUGACUGUAAGCCUACGGAGGACUUCGAAUGGAAUGCGCGGUUCAAAGCGUCGGCCUGCCCUUUCCUGUCUUAUUUAGUCGGCUAAACUGCUAGCCGACUGCUCGCACGCACAGUUCACAGCGGGUGGAAAUAGCGUCGCACGGACCCGGAGCCACGUAGACGUCAGCCGGGAUGCGCGUGAGCUAAAGCCGCCGAACGCCGAUGGCCGCGCCGCUCUGACUCGAGCUGAAUUUCCCGCGGCAACGGUUUAAGAAAUGAGCUCGGCCUGUCCUCUCUGAUGAACUCGAGCUGAGGGCCGUCCUGCUGGAUUUACCCCCUGACCCAGCGGAGUUCGCAGCCGCCCCGCUCCACGGCCAACAUGCUGAUCAAAGAGUACCGCAUCCCCAUGCCCAUGAGCGUGGAAGAGUAUCGCAUCGCUCAGCUCUACAUGAUUCAGAAAAAGAGUCGUGAGGAGAGCGAAGGCGAGGGCAGCGGGGUGGAGAUCCUGGAGAACCGGCCAUAUACAGACGGGCCGGGCGGUUCGGGUCAGUACACCCAUAAGGUCUAUCACAUCGGCCAACACAUCCCCAGCUGGUUCCGCUCCAUCUUACCCAAAGCCGCUCUUCGUGUGGAGGAGGAGUCUUGGAAUGCUUACCCAUACACCCGCACACGAUACACGUGUCCUUUUGUCGAAAAGUUUUCCAUCGAUAUCGAGACGUACUACAAACCGGACACGGGCAGUCAGAAUGACGUCUUCAACAUGUCUGGUGCUGAGAGGAGACAGCGGGACGUAGAUCCCAUCGAUAUUGUGAAAGAUGUCAUGGCCCUUCACGAGUAUCUAGCUGAAGAGGACCCUAAACUCUACAAGUCAAUGAAGACCCAGCGCGGUCCCCUGAACGACGACUGGAUUGCAGAAAUCAACAACAACCCCGGGAAAAUGCCCGUCAUGUGUGCGUACAAGCUGUGCAAAGUGGAGUUUCGUUACUGGGGCAUGCAGUCCAAGAUCGAACGCUUCAUUCACGACGUGGGGUUGAGAAAGGUGAUGGUUCGGGCUCAUCGGCAGGCCUGGUGCUGGCAGGACGAGUGGUACGGUCUGACCAUGGAGGACAUCCGACAUUUAGAGCUGGAGACACAGCUGGCUCUUGCGAAGAAGAUGGCUCAGUACAGCUGCAAUGAGGAGGGAGGCGAAAACAACGGCAUGGUCACAAGCCCCGAAAAAGAGCUGGAUGCCAAAGAGGCCAGCGGCUCCAUCGAAGCAGAUAACCCAUCCAGAGGAUUGGGAGAUACUCUGCAGGCCAGAGGAGAGCUGACCAAACAAUGGUCCACCUCCUCCAGGUCCUCACGCUCCUCCAAGAGAGGUGGAAGUCCUUCACAACACAGUAUAUCAGAAUGGCGCAUGCAGAGCAUUGCCAGAGACUCUGAGGACAGCACAGAUGAUGAGUUCUUUGAUGCUCACGAGGAUUUCUCUGACAACGAGGAGACCUUUGCCAAGGAGAUCACCAAAUGGAACUCUAAUGACAUGAUGGAUAAAAUCGAGAGCACAGAGGCAGAUGAAGCUCAGGGUGAAUUCUGUGAAUCUGGCAUCGAGUUUUCUGGCACUGCCAUUGUGGAGCGGCAUGGCGAGGAUUGCUCCUCACAGCAGGGCUUACAACCCUCAAAGAUCCACGUCCUCAUCCUCAUCCUGCACGGAGGAAACAUCCUGGACACGGGAGGAGGAGACCAAAACAGCAAACAGUGUGACGUCAACACCAUCAGCGGUGCGUUUGAUGCCGUCAUGCGAGUUCACUAUCCCAAUACUUUGGGUCGUAUCGCCAUACGUCUGGUGCCGUGUCCGGCCGUGUGUUCCGAAGCUUUCUCUCUGGUGUCAAAUUUGAGUCCGUACAGCUAUGACGAAGGCUGCCUCUCUAACAGUCAGGAUCACAUCCCUCUCGCUGCCCUGCCCUUAUUGGCCACCUCUGCACCACAGUACCAGGACGCCGUGGCGACGGUCAUUGUGCGAGCCAAUCAGGUUUAUGGUGACUUCAUCAGAUCCCUGGAGGGGGCAACUUUCACUGGCCAAGUGUGUGUGAUCGGAGACUGUGUCGGAGGAAUUCUGGGAUUUGAUGCUCUCUGCAGCAGUAACAUCACAGUGUCUGAGAGUCAGAACAGCAGCCGCAGGGGCAGUAUCGUCAGCGUGCAGGACAAUGAUCUUUUAUCUCCAGGCAUCAUUAUAAACAGCACACACUGCUCGGGUUUAUCUCUGGAGGGGAGCCGUCACCUCAGCCGCAGUAAUAUAGACAUCCCACGCUCUAGCGGUCCAGACGACCCCAAAAAACAGCUGCCACGGAAACGCAGCGACUCCUCCACUUACGAGCUGGACACCAUCAAACAGCACCAGGCCUUUCUGUCCAGUCUGCACUCCAGCGUCCUGCGGAACGAUCCGGGUUCACGUCGCUCCAGUAGCAGUACGAUGCUGGAGGGAGGCGGAGCUCUGGGGAAGUUUGACUUCGAUGUGUCUGACUUCUUCCUCUUCGGCUCACCGCUGGGCCUGGUUCUCGCUCUGAGGAAGACCGUCGUUCCCUCUUUGGAUGUGGCUCACCUCCGGCCGGCGUGCCAGCAGGUGUACAAUCUGUUUCACCCCGCGGAUCCAUCCGCCUCGCGUCUGGAGCCUCUGCUGGAGAAGCGCUUCCACCUGUUGCCUCCGUGCAGCGUGCCGCGAUACCAGCGCUUCCCUCUGGGCGACGGCCAAUCGGCACUGCUGGUGGAAACCAUCCAGAGUAACCCUCAGCUCCUGCCGGAGAGCUCGUGUGUGUACGCUCCGCGCGCUCAGGACUCCAUCAGCGAGACUUCCAUCUCUGUCCCUGUGCUCAACUGGCCCCUCGUGCCGGCCCCCGUCGAGUCGGAUGUGAUGCACUCUCACAGCAUCAUGUUUUCAGAUCACUCCGGUCCUUCAUCUCCGGCGUCUAUACCGGCCUUCCGUGGUACCAGGAGAGCCAGCGAGACAAGCAUCGCCAGCCAGGUGUCGGGGUUAGCGGACAGUUACACUGCAUCAAACAUCGCCAACAUCGCUGCACGCUGGUGGGGCACUAAACGUGUUGAUUUUGCUUUGUAUUGUCCUGAUGCUUUGACUGCCUUCCCUACCGUGGCUCUACCUCACCUGUUUCACGCAUCAUACUGGGAAUCAACAGACGUCGUGUCUUUUCUGCUCAGACAGGUUAUGAGACAUGAUAACUCCAGUAUUCUGGAACUGGAUGGGAAGGAAGUCUCAGAAUUUACUCCGUCCAAACCGCGGGAGAAAUGGAUGAGAAAGAGGACACACGUGAAGAUCAGGAACGUUACGGCAAACCAUCGUGUGAAUGAUGCAGUCUUUACAGAGGAAGGUCCUCAGGUGGUCACGGGGCGUUUCAUGUACGGUCCGUUGGAUAUGGUCACGCUAACGGGAGAAAAGGUUGACAUCCACAUCAUGACUCAGCCUCCGUCCGGUGAGUGGGUGUACUUUGACACUGAACUGACCAAUAGCAGCGGCCGAAUCUCAUACUUGAUUCCUGAGAGUAAGAAACUGGGAAUUGGAGUGUAUCCGGUUAAAAUGGUGGUCAGGGGUGACCACACGUCUGCUGACAGCUACCUGACGGUUCUGCCGUGCGGCACUGAAUUUGUCGUGUUCAGCAUCGAUGGCUCUUUCGCAGCCAGCGUGUCCAUUAUGGGCAGUGACCCUAAAGUCCGCGCGGGGGCCGUUGAUGUGGUCAGGCACUGGCAGGAUUUGGGUUAUCUGAUCGUGUACGUGACGGGACGGCCGGACAUGCAGAAGCAGCGUGUGGUAGCGUGGCUUUCACAACACAAUUUCCCUCAUGGAAUCGUGUCGUUCUGUGACGGUCUAGUGCACGACCCCCUACGACACAAAGCCAACUUUCUCAAGUGUCUAUUAACUGAGGCACAUAUGAAGAUCUAUGCUGCCUAUGGCUCUACUAAAGACAUCUCGGUGUACACGUCACUGGGUCUGACGCCAUCCCAGAUCUACAUUGUGGGAAGACCAACAAAGAAAAUGUUACAGCAAUGUCAGUUCAUCACGGAUGGUUACGCGUCUCACCUGUCACAGCUGGAGUACAAUCAGAGGUCCAGACCCGCUAAGACAGGAGGUACUCGUAUGGUCCUGAGGAAAGGCAGUUUCGGGCUGGGCGGCAGCAACGACUUCCUUCGCAAGCGCAAUCACCUGCUGCGUACCAUCUCCUCACAACCCACCCCCUCCACUCCCGUCGUGCAGGUGGGCCGCCCCGAACGGGCCCAGAGCCAAUCGGAAUGCGACCGAGAGAGGGCUGAGCGUGCCCAGAGAAGCAUGAGCAUCGCUGCCGGCUGCUGGGGCCGGACCAGCAAACUGGAGGGCGGAGCUCUGAGCCCAAAAUAGGCUCCACCCACCGGGUUUAAAAUCUAGAGGAAGACACAGAGACUUGAGCACGGCCUGCGAGAUUCAUUUUAUGGUCACGGUAUUACAACAAACUCUGUGAGCAAACCUCAAGGCUUUAGUGUUGUUGCAUGAGAGUCGUUUGAGAAAAUGAGAAUUCUUUUUGUUUCAAGUCCAGCAGCCAAACAUUUUCAAGAAAACGAAAAAUUAGCGCCUUAAGCAUCGCUCUGGGUCCCGGCCCUCACCUCCGACCCGAUUGAAUGUACUGUUCGGAUGGAAACACCUUGGACUCUUCCCUUUCACCCGUCAUCCAGGAACAUGACACCCCUUUCAGACCGUGCCUCCUCUUACCUGCUCAGGGCAGCCAUGAUCUUGAGAAGUUGGUCAGACCCAGAGGCCGUCUCUCGUCCCUCUUGUUCUCACGGAGUAGUCCGUUUCUCUCCCGGCGCCAUCUCCGAGUGGAAUCCCAGCAGCUUUAGGCAAUAAGGAUCUGACCCAUCACAUGUAAACAUGCAGGCAUUACGAACGGACGCUCGUUCUCAACGGAGCAACUAUCCCUUUACCAGGCCAUCUGCUUGCAAUAUCUACGAGACAUCUGCCGUUUCUCGGUCCUGUCCUCUCGACGCUCUCGUCACGGGCUGCUGGGUCACUCUCAACAUAUUUCUUUCUUCUUCAACUUCUGAGCCACCAAAAAACAAUCGUAAGCACACGUGGGAUUUCACGCCACACCUGCUGAAGUAAAAACACCCUGGAGGAAAUCUCCCAUUUCCACCCGUGCAGCUGGCUGUUUGCAUGUUCUGCCGCGAAAUCAAGCCAUCGUUUCUUUCGCCAAGAUUUGGAUGGAGACAGAUUCCACGUGUUCUCAAUCAUUUCCUCUGAACCUCUUUGCACUCAUUUCCCGGUGAUCAGGGGGAGCGACUCGAUCGCCCGCCUGAUACCACCGAUGGCCAAAUCCACUUCAUUUGAAACGCUGUAGUCCUGCAACUGCAUCACCUCAUUGUUGUUUGCACUAGUGGAAUAGUGGACCUCCUCUUAUCACGUCAUGUGACCCUCAUCAUACACAGCAGGGUAUUUGUGCACAAGCACGAUCAUAUAUUUCUCCAAUAUAUAGGAAACGAAUAAACGUGCCAAAACCAGGCAGUCGGACGGUGGGAACCCGAGCGAAGUUUUGAAUGUGCUGUAGCAAGUUUCCAGGUCGGAGUGUGUACAUAAGAUGUGUUUGGAUGGCACGUGUAUAAUGUUUUAUAGAUUUUAGAUCAUUUUAGAUCAACUCAAGUCCUUUAAAGUUCAGUAAUCGAUGAUAUUCAUAUGUAAGUGAUUUGAGAUCUAUAGAAAUCGUGCUCUUAAUUUUAUGGUUUUAGAUGGGACAGCAUGACCGAGUCGGGUGAAAUCAUGUGUUUGUUUUACUCUGCCAUGCACACACUGGAAUAGCCAUUCUGCAUGUACGCCGGGGCUUCCCAUCGGGAGCGAUGGUUUCCAACCCGGCUGAUGGUUUUUGCCGUUCAUCCAGAGCGGCUGUUGCGAAAUGAAUGGGACUUAAACGCGUGUAGAUACUGUAAAAGAUGUAAAUUUCACUACAUAGGAUAUGUUACGGUCAGAAUUUAUUUAUUUCUGUAGCUUCAUAAGAUGAUAGAUAUUUCAGGUUUCACUGUACUCAACGUGUCGCUUUACUUUUUGUCCGACGCUUCUUUUAAGGACCAACGACGCGAGUCCUUGUGCAUAAUCGUCAACAGUGUUUCUGUAGCAAAAAUCUAUGGAGAACGCCACCGUACCGCACGGACAAUCACAUGUGUUCAGACAUACACACACACGUGUACAAACACUUGUGCAGAUGUUCUGGAGAACGAUCGUACUUUGGAAAACGGGGUUUUAAUUUCCACUUAAUGUGAAGGGGGUUAUUAACGUUUAUUAUCAUGGUUCAUCCUUCUGUGAGUUUUAAGUUGAUGCUGUAUGAUUUUCAUCUUUAAAAUGUUCAGUUUUUAAGUUUAUAUUUAGACUAGUCUUUGUUAUUAACAUGAACAGGUUUUGUUGUCUGUUCGAUACUAGACAUCAGGGCAAAUAUUCAGAAGGUUUGUAACAGAAAAAUUUGAAGAAAUGUUGAAUAAUUUGAAUGUUCAUUUUAAAUUCAUUCUUUAUAUUGAAAUUGUAAAUUUUUCCAUUUUACGUUCGUUUUCCAUAUCAGAACAGAUUUACUUCUGCAACCUGUUACGGUUUCUUAAUACUGGCUGUUUUUUACAGAUGCUGGUCAAAUUCAUACAUUUUAUUUAUGAAUCGAAGGUUCGUACAUGUCAGGGAGCUUUUGUGUCAUUUGGUGGUUUGUGCCACACUUCUGCACACGUUUUAAGCAGCAGAUGUUCAUUGAAAGAUUGUGGGCUAAUGUACAAGUAUUAUAUCCUCAGAUAAACCAGAUUAUAGACACUUUUCUAUUUUGCAUGACACAGCAUAUCUUUCGUACACUUUGCUGUAUUCAGUAAUGGGCCACUAUACAGGACAUACCUCCAGUUUAUAUCUACGAAUAUGCUGUUGUCUCUAUAUAACGUCAUAUUACUACCAAACAUUUAUUUUGGCAACCCCAAGCCAUAUUUUUCAACACUGAGACGCUGAGAAGUGUUGGCGUUAUGUUGGAAUUAGAGUGAACGUAGUGUUAUCAAACAAAGACGGCAGAACUUUUGGACAUGUACACCAAUAAAUAGACAAAUUGGAUGAAAGAUUUUUCCUGUUUGUUGCCAAAACGCUGCAUGAACGAAACAUGUUUUGUGGACGAGGAGCGACACAGAACUGAACUGUGGGUUUAUGUUGAUCUCAACCGACUCGCUCUCUUACAGUUUUCUUACCCGGCCGGUGGUUCAGUGCUCUCAUAUGUAUAGCUGUAUGUAAUGUGAAUUAAAUGCAGUUGGACAACUG